GAAACAUGAUAUAACUAUAAGACGACCUCAACAUGUCUGCGUCGCCAAUUCUCAAACAUUAUACCUUGAAAAGCAACAAUCAUCCGACUUGAACUUCUAUCAACAAUUGGCUCAGGCACGACUUGUGGCAUCGAUUAUACCAAGAUCAAGGGAGUUCACCUACGUCAGGACACAAUGCUUGCCCGGUGUUCCCCCGCGUUCAAGGCAGUAAGACCUGCACUUUCCGCCGCCAGCCGGGCGCAACCGCAAUGCCUCCGGGCCUUUGCGACCUCUCAACCGACGCCCAAGGGGCCCCGCUCGCCCAAGAUCAUGCUGGAGGACGAGAACGCCUUCGGCUUCAUCCGCCACAACAAGCGGCCCCCCAAGCCGCGCAAGGUCGGCGUCACCGAGAUCCGCGGGCCGUACUACUCGGUCAUGGGCAAGCGAUACCUGGAGGACGUGCUAGAUACCAUGGGCCACCACGUCGACGGCCUCAAGUUCGCCGGCGGCUCCUUCUCCCUCUUCCCAGAGGACCACCUGCGGUCACUCAUCGACCUCGCGCACCAGCACGGCGUCUACGUCUCUACAGGUGGCUGGAUCGAGCACGUACUAACGCAACCCGAUGCCACCACGGCCGUAGACCGGUACCUGCGGCAGUGCAAGUCGGUCGGCUUCGACGUGGUGGAGGUGUCGUGCGGCUUCCUGUCGAUCCCGCCCGAUGACUGGGUUCGGCUCGUCGAGCGCGUCCAGGCCGCCGGCCUGAUCGCCAAGCCCGAGAUCGGCAUCCAGUUCGGUGCGGGGGGUGACACGGCUGCGUCGGAGCUGGAGGGCUUGGGCGCGUCGGACCCGUCCAGGGUGGUUGGUCUGGGGAGGAGGUUCAUCGAGGAGGCGGGCGUGGAGAGGCUCAUGAUCGAGAGUGAGGGCAUCACGGAGAAUGUGACUAGUUGGCGCACGGAUGUCAUUCAGGAUAUACUGAGGGACCUGCCGGCGGAGAAGGUCAUGUUCGAGGCGGCGGAGCCGAAAGUGUUUAACUGGUACAUACGCGAGUUUGGCGCCGACGUCAAUCUGUUUGUCGACCACUCGCAGAUCGUGCAGCUCAGCUGCCUGAGGAUGGGCAUCUGGGGGAUGGCGGACACGUUUGGGAAGAUUGCCACCUUCAGGUAGUGCGGUAAAGGGGACCACUUAUAAAUUUCCGCUUCUCGGUCAUGAAGGGUUCAGUGUUAGGUCUUGGUUUUGACUUAGCUGCUUAAAUAAUGAGUAAUAUUCAAGGUCCUCAAUAAUAAGGCACGUGUACAAAUACGGAAACGCUGUGGGUAUUGGGGUUGGUUGUAUGGAUUAGGGGUGACUUACACUGGAUGAGGCUCUUGAUACCCGACAUGCGUCGUUAGACCAAGUGAGGAAUAAUAGGCUUAUCUAGUUCUCCUGCUCUCGCAGCCUGAUGCCCCCCUUUCCCAAG